AUGCGACUUACUCAACUUGAAGCUUAUGCUCGACCGACCCGAGUGGCCACUAACAUCUUCUUUUGGCUUUUUAUUGGGUCGAUUCCGAUCUAUAUGGUGGCUUAUUAUUUCUUCUUUUUAGGAUAUGUGAUAGUAGAAGUGCCUAUCUAUAUUCCAGAUUCUGUUUUUUGUGUGCAGUAUUGCUGGUGGGCCUGUUUAAAGAUGGUUGUGUGUGGGAAUGUCUUUUUGUUUGCUUCUCUGAUGAUCUUACAUAGCUUUUCUUCUAAGUACAUUGCUAAGACGAUUGCUUAUAGUGUAAGUGUAGUGACUUUGCCUAUUCUGGUGGUGGUUGGUUGUGUUGGGGUUUGGGAAGUGAUUGAAGAUUCGGCUUAUAUUGGUCAAAUGAUGUAUGGUUCGAUUUCUGGUGUUUUUGCGGCUGUGCUAAUCUCUUUAAUGCCGCCUUUCUGUCGGCGCCGGGCCCAUAUCUUGGCUGGGAUGUUUAUUCAUAACGUUAAGCUGGCUAAACUAAGUAUUAAGUACUUGUUGCUAAGUAGGAGUGUUCUGGUGGCUAUGCCUGGGGGAAUGGCCGGUCUUUACUUGUUAUUACUUUAUCUUUAUCGGCUUGGGAAACAGUCUAUUGUGAUUUCGGAAGGAGAGGAGAUAGUGCAUCGGAUGGUAUGUAUUGGUGGUGCGGCAAUACUAAGAAUUGUAACGGCUUUGUUUGUCUUUCAUUUUGCCUUUAGCUUACCGGCUGCCCCUUUACGACGGGGUCGAGCGGAGUUGGUAGGGAGUAUUUGCUUACUGGUAGUAACUGUGCUGGUUUGUGCCUUCUUAUCUUCUAACUUUAAGCAAAUGAAAGCCUCAAGGCAAUGGUUGUUGUACGGACUGAUGAGUAUAAUUAAGGUAGGGAUGGGUUGGGGCAUUCCAGUGCAGAUCUUUCGUAUGAAAGGGGCCUUUGCUUAUGCUAGUAUUGAAAACCGCCAGAAAUGGAUUAGAAACAAUCGGAUGCAUUUCUUUUACUUUGAGAUAUGUAAGCUGUUUAUUAUGAUAUUUGCCAUUAUUCUACCGAUGUCAGUCACGGCCUUUUUCUUUCGAACACAAGGGAAGACGCCAUCCGAGAUAUCUAUUUUUAUUUCGGUUUUAAGAUUGACAUUUGGGUAUCUCUACUGCUUAGUAGAUACGGCAAUCAAAGUUAUUUUCAUUGGUCAUAAGUUGACUUUGCCCCAAAAAACAGCCAAACGAGUGACUUACACCGAUAUAGCCCAUUUAUACAACCACUCUGGCCGAAUGAGUCUAGCUUCGUCAUCCCAGUAA